GCCGCCCUGCCCGCCGCGCCGCCGCCAUCAUGCUGGCGCUCAUCUCCCGCCUGCUGGACUGGUUCCGCUCGCUCUUCUGGAAGGAGGAGAUGGAGCUGACGCUCGUGGGGCUGCAGUACUCCGGCAAGACCACCUUCGUCAAUGUCAUCGCGUCAGGGCAGUUCAGCGAGGACAUGAUACCCACAGUGGGCUUCAACAUGAGGAAGGUGACCAAAGGCAACGUCACGAUAAAGAUCUGGGACAUAGGAGGGCAGCCUCGGUUCCGGAGCAUGUGGGAGCGGUACUGCAGAGGGGUCAACGCCAUUGUUUACAUGAUAGAUGCUGCAGAUCGCGAAAAGAUAGAAGCCUCGAGAAAUGAACUACAUAAUCUUCUAGAUAAACCACAGUUACAAGGAAUUCCAGUGCUAGUCCUUGGAAACAAGAGAGAUCUUCCUAAUGCCUUGGAUGAGAAACAGCUCAUUGAAAAAAUGAACCUGUCUGCUAUUCAGGAUAGAGAAAUUUGCUGCUAUUCAAUUUCUUGCAAAGAAAAGGAUAAUAUAGAUAUCACACUUCAGUGGCUUAUUCAACAUUCAAAAUCUAGAAGAAGCUGAAAAGCUGAAGUCUUCCGGUCCUUCCUGGCUAUACUCCUAGAAUUACUGUCCGUUCCUCUGAAGUACUUCCCAGAAUACGGUCCUUCCUAAACCCAAGAAAUUGCCUUUUUCCGAGUUUCUUUCUCAUGUGCACUGCUGAAGAUGUGUAACCCUAUCCUUCAUAAAGAUCCAAUAGAGUUGUCAUGACACAGUCAGCACACAGAAAGGCUUCUUACACAUCCUUGUCUUAAUGUGUGUAGAGCUUUUUAAAAAAACAACAACAUACUUUUGACCAUCUUCAACCAAGAAAAUUGCAUAUUUCUGUCCUGGUCUUUCUGGGCCAGAUUUUUAUAUUGGUUUUCAGUAAAUGUCUAUCUAUGGUAUUUCGUUUAGAGUCUAGUAGCUUAGCACUGAUACUGACUUGAUGCAGCAUGACGUUUCUAUUUGCCACCCACAGUAUUUAGAAAACCUUUAGCCUGACUCGCGUGGGGCAUAAACUGACGUUACAUGUCCCACACAUGCAUGUGAAAUGUGUAACUGCACCUUCGGAGUUUGAAAAUGGCCUGCAGAGGUGAGCAGAGGUACCGGUGACUGCUGCGAUUGGUCUUCACACUGGGGAGGUCGUGCGGGACGGGUUUCCAAGCCCCCGCUCUCAGAAUGCGUCACCAGAGAGCAGCUGGGCACACGGGAGGAGCUGAGGAGUGCUGUUUUCUGUCUGUCCGCAUCAUACUUCUCUCUUUUUUUUAGCUGGUUCAACACUUUUUUAAGGGGUUGGGAAUUGAAGAUUUUCUCAAACGCUUUCAUGAAUUUAGAGCAUUCCGGCCAAUAUAAUAAAACAUGUUAAGAAUGUCA